CGAGGUUGCAAGAGGGGAGCUCGUCGAAAAGGAAGCUCUUUUCCCAGUGCACCUUUCGUGGUUGCAGCCAGGUCCUUUACCCCAGCAGGUUAGCGACGCGGGCUCGGAGCUCGUAUCGAUACAACGCGAUGGCAUCUACAGCAGCAGCUCGCCCCCUGGUCACCGUGCAGAGUAUCGACGGAGGCGAGAAGGGUGCUCAGGCCUCUCUGCCCGCCGUUUUUCUGGCCCCCAUCCGCCCCGAUGUGGUCGCCACUGUGCACACUGCCCUCGCUAAGAACAAGAGGCAGCCCUACGCCGUGAGCGUCAAGGCUGGACACCAAACCUCUGCGGAGUCAUGGGGAACGGGACGUGCCGUGUCUCGUAUCCCUAGGGUUCCCGGUGGUGGUACUCACCGCGCCGGACAGGGAGCUUUCGGAAACAUGUGCCGUGGUGGGCGCAUGUUCGCGCCCACGAAGAUUUGGCGCCGGUGGCACAGGAAGGUUAACCUAAACCAGAAGAGGUACGCCAUUGCCUCCGCCUUGGCUGCCUCCGCUGUUCCUUCGUUGGUGUUGGCUAGGGGUCACAAGAUCGAGCAGGUCCCCGAGGUGCCCUUGGUCCUUGCUGACGGGGCUGAGCACAUCGAGAAGACUUCCGCAGCUGUGAAGCUGUUGAAGCUUAUGGGAGCUUACGCUGAUGUGGAGAAGGUAAAGGCUAGUCACAGCAUUAGGGCUGGCAAGGGUAAAAUGAGGAACAGGAGGUACGUUUCGCGCCGCGGACCCCUCGUCGUCUAUGGUACCGAGGGUGCCAAGCUCGUGAAAGCCUUCAGGAACAUCCCCGGUGUCGAAAUCGUUUCUGUGGAUCGUUUGAACCUUCUUCAGCUCGCCCCAGGUGGUCACCUUGGCCGAUUUAUUAUCUGGACCAAGUCUGCCUUUGAGAAGCUCGACUCAGUUUUCGGCACCCAGGAAAAGAAGUCUCUUGUGAAGAAGAAUUACAUCCUCCCCCGCAACAUCAUGGGCAACCCUGACUUGUCGAGAAUCAUCAACUCUGAUGAGAUCCAGAGCAUCGUCCGUCCGGCCAAGGUGGAUCUGAAGAGACGUGCACUGAAGAAGAACCCAUUGAAGAACUUGGGUGCACUUCUCAAGCUCAACCCGUAUGCCAAGACUGCCAGGAGAAUGGAGCUUUUGGCUCAGGAGAGGCAGGCCAAGGCCAAGGCUGAAAAGCUUCAGAGCAAGAGAUCCCAGCUCAAGCCGGAGGAGAAGGAAUUGAUCAAGAAGCAGGGCGCUUCGUGGUACAAGACCAUGGUAUCGGACUCCGAGUACACAGAGUUCGAGAACUUCACCAAAUGGUUGGGUGUCUCGCAGUGAGUUGGAGCCUUAGUAGCCCGUUAUUUAUAGUUACUGGACAUGUUGCUAUGCACUUGUGCUUGUUUCUGUCGCUGAAAGAAAGAGUUACCAUGAUGUGUCCUGUGGGGGCGCAAUUUUAUUGUGGCAUCGUUUACAGAACUUGGGUUUGACUGUACUCCCUUUUAUGCAUGGGAGGUCGAAAUUUAAACGCGUCUCUGUUUAUGUUUUGAUUUAUUACAUUUAGUUACCUCGCUGUCAA